GGCUGGGGGGCGGGGACUAUGGGGACUUCGCGCAGAGCGGAAAUACGGAUCCCAAGUCGGCUACGCGGCUCAGCGAUGGGUGCUCCGGGAGGGAAGAUCAACCGGCCCCGAACGGAGCUGAAGAAGAAACUGUUCAAGCGACGGCGUGUGUUGAACCGGGAGCGGCGACUGAAGCACCGGGUGGUCGGGGCUGUGAUAGACGAAGGGCUGAUCACACGGCACCACCUCAAGAAGCGGGCGUCCAGUGCACGUGCCAACAUUACUCUGUCUGGGAAGAAGCGCAGAAAACUCCUCCAGCAGAUCCGGCUUGCCCAGAAAGAGAAAGCAGCCAUGGAAGUGGAAGCCCCGGCAAAGCCAGUCAGAACUACUGAACCACAGCCCAAAUCGCAAAAGAAGACAAAAGCCCCCCAGGAUGUAGACAUGGAGAACCUUGAAGAUGGGAGUUGAAAGUCUCACCCUUUUUACCAGAAGAUUCUCAGCUGGAGCCAGGAGGACUCAGUGGUUGUUUCGGAAGACUUUGGAGAAAACAUUGCACUUUUUCACUCUCCCCAGAUUCCUCUUCCGUAAUGGCCUAGUGACCUGCCAUGGAGGGAUGUGUUGAGAGGAAGAAUGCAGGAGAAAGUUUGGAGAGGGGGCUCCGCAGCAGUCAAGUGCAUUUGUAAUAAAGCCUUAGAGUUCUCACUGA